AACGCAUGGUGGCGCGGUUCAAGUCGUAAUAUUCCUGCUUUUUUGGAGCACUCGCUCUUUGCACCAGUCUUAUAUCCACACCAGCAUACAAAACACAUAAAACUUACCUUUUAUCACGAUCUAACGAUUUAUGGCGUUCGACAAUCAUGUCCGCAGGGGCCACCCAAUCGUGUUCUCCUUGAUUAUCUUUUUCAGUAUAAUCGAACUUGCCAUAUCUGCGUGGUUAACUUCGAGGUUCGACGCCAACCACAACUAUUUCAGCGUUGAUGAACGGGACCGAACUCGUUUCUUGUUAUUCGCCUCAAUAUGGACCGUGGUUUUCUCCGCCCUAUACAUGUUCUUUUUCUUCUUUUUGCCAUCUGGAAUCUUCAGCAGCGUCGCUUCUCAUAUACUUUUCCUCUCGAUCACUUGGAUAUUCUGGACAGCUGGUGCAGCGAGUAUCACGGCAGCACUCGGUGGAGGGCUUAACUGCACCACACAAAAUAUUUUCGUCUAUUGUGGGCAGUUGAAUGCUCUAGAAGGUUUUGCUUGGGUGAUCUGGAUUCUUGUCACGUUUGCUAUCCUGGUAACCAUCUUCCGUGGAAUUACUGCAGCUCGUCGGGGCGAUGGCAUGCGGGGCCCGCUUAUUGCGUGAUUGUUCACCCGGAUAGUUCAGCUAGAAGAUUUGGCUUCGCCUUACCCUUACUGGUUAACGUGUUGCAUCUCACCCCCUAUUUUUUUUGCUUGCUUUUUCUUUGAUCAUUUUCUCAGCUACAUCCUGGACAGUGUCUUCAUUGCUAUGGAUUUCCCUUCUCAGGUUUCCUUAUAACGAUUUCAUUUACACGAAUUUGGGCACGACUGCAACGUACUGUUUGUGUUUUUAUCUUAUGAUAUUUUAUGUAAUGCAUUGCUCGGAAUGACUCAGGUUUUCUCCUUCGUUGUUGAUUUGUAAAUAGUUGACUACUGUCAUGUCGUUGGGUAUACACGGAAUGCUCCGAUUUACUCC